CCCACAGGAGACCCACAUUCCUUUUGAAUCAGAGAUGUUUUCUUGUGCUGGUAGGUUAGGGGAGGUGUUUGUGACUUCAGAGUCACUCCCACAGAGCGAUCGCAUGUGGAGGUGACACCGAGGGUGAUGAGGAAAUGUGAAGAAGACGCAGAGAGGAGAAGUCUGUCUCUGGCGCUCUAAUUUACCUCUAUUCAACAAUAAGAAAAAUGGGAACACGUCUUUUAUUUUUCCUCGUUCUUCUUCUCUGUUUGAGUGUUACACUCCAAAAGAAAGGGAAAAAUGGAGCUCAAGGCUCGAGGAGAAACAGAACAGUAGCCGGUCCAAGAACUUUUAUAGGCCAGCCGGACCCUAUCCCCAUAUAUGGGACACAAGCUCCGGUUUCAUCUCCUUCCCCUCCAGUGCUGCGGUCGCUGAGCAACAGCACAGUGGAAUACCUCCACAGCCCUCUGAGCACGUGGGUCAUCCCCAUUAUUUAUGUCCUGGUCAUCAUUGUCGGGAUCCCGGCCAACGUGGCCAUCCUGGCUAUGCUGUGGACUAAAAUCAGAAAAGUCUCCUCUGCCAUCCUCUACUGCAGCCUGGCCGUCUCCGACCUCUUCCUCCUCCUCUCCCUCUUCUUCAAGGCUCACUACCAUCUCCAUGGUAACCACUGGGUGCUCGGGGAGGCUGCCUGCCGAGUGGUCACGGCCUGUUUCUAUGGCAACUUGUACUGCUCGGCCCAGACGCUGGCCUGCAUCAGCAUCAAGCGCUACCUGGCUGUAGUGCACCCAUUCAUGUACAAAAGGCUUCCAAAGAGGACGUACACGACCUGCGUUAGCAUCGCCGUGUGGGCCGUUUUCGGCGCUGCUGUCAUCCCUGAACUCCUCGUGCAGCAAAGCUACCAGCUCCCUGAGGUGGACCGUACCACCUGCCAUGAUGUUCUACCUCUGGACUCAGACUCCCAUGUCUUCCUGCUCUACUAUAACCUCUUUUUAACUCUCUUCGGCCUCCUGGUUCCCCUCGUGGUAACAGUCAUUUGCUUCGCCAAGAUCGUGUGCGAGCUGCAGCGUUCACACCAUGACUGGGAGAUGUACAUCAAGGCCAGCUCUCUGGUGUGCGGCAUCUUCCUGUUAUGUUUCACCCCAGCAGGACUUCUGCACUUCCUCCAUUAUGUGCAGCUAUUCAUGGACGGAACGGAAACUUUGUACAUCUAUUUUAAAGCAGCAGUGUGCUUGUGCUGCGUCCAUGCCUGCCUGGACCCCUUCCUCUUUCUGCUCAUGUCCAAGUCUGCAGGAUCCAGCCUCUACUUCAAGCCUUUUAAGGGGAAAACUCUGAGCAUAUCUUUCUAAGAAAAAGAGCAGAAAAACUGGUUUUGAUUAGAUAAGGGUGGGAAUUUUUUUUUCUGUGGCUGGAAUCCAAAGAGAAAGUGAAACUACUCUGACAGUAUUUAUUAUAACACAAGUGACAUGCAGACUUCUUCUUCAGUAAAAAGUUUAUAUAUGAAGCUUUGAUGCACAGAGAUGAAUGAGAAGAUUGUAAGUGCAGGCAAUGUAAAUAUCCAUGUACAUACAUAUUAUAAAAACUAGUUUAUAUCAGUGUGAAAGUCUUCCUGGUGAAGCAUUUAUGUUUGACAUUUACAGCUGAAAGGGAAUAAUUUCAUUAAAAUAACUAUAAAGAGUAAAUGAAGCUUUUUUGUAUUCUUGGUGUCACAUAUGGAGCUGUUAUGUCUGCUGGUUAAAAAAUAAUCCAAAUUUUGUCUAUUUCCAACAGGGUGAUUAGACUGAAAUUUUUUUGAGACAUUAUUCCAAAAUACACCUCUUUCUUAAUGUAUACCUUAUCUAAAUCUUUGCUUUUUGAACCCCUAAUGAGAAAAAACAGCUAAAUUGCCCCAUUGUUGUUGUUGCCCCUCCCUCACUGAGCCGGUGUUUCCUGCCCAGGCUGAGACAGGAUGCAAAAACACCCCAAUAAACCUCACUGGAAGGAAACAUGUUAAGAGUUUCCUGCCAUAUUUUCUACUCGCUCCAUCUGUCUGGAAACAAUGUUCAGCUGGUGGUUAAAUCUAAAUAUUCCACAGGAGCAUUUUGAAGAAUGAAGAAUCUGAAGAAGAAGACUAUUUAGUUUAGUCUAACUUUAAAUAGAAAAAUCCCAACAGAUUUGCUCUAACAAUUUUGGAUAUGUCACAGUUCACACACACUAUAACACCUCUUACCCUGCUUUGAUUUAAAGUCCCACAUUGUGAUUUUAGACAUAAUAAGUGUGACAUACUCACCAACCACUUCAUUAGGUACACCUCUUCAACAGCUAAUCACUGCAGGUGUCUAAUCAUUCGAUCACAUGGUCAGGACAAUGUGCUGAGGUUCAAACUGAGCAUCAAAAUAGGGAGGAAAGAUGAGUUAAGGAACAAUAAAGACAGUAUUAUUUGAGAAUGGAUGCCUUCAAAAGUGCUUUAUCAUGACUUGGUUUUACCCUCUGAGCUCUCUUGUGUCUCGUCUGGACUUUUUCUCCUAAAAUGCUUGGAAAAACGUCAACUUUGUGUUGCACAGGCAAGCUUUAAACAUCCUUUUCUUCAGGGCAACCUCGGCUUUAAGAAUAUUUGUGCUGCAGUAGUGUCACUGGAAUUUUAUAAAAGUUGAGGGACAAAGAUAAAAGAAAAAAAUAAUUGAAAAUUAAAACUCAAAGAAGUAUGUUUUCGUACAGACUUGGUCUCCCAAAAAAAUAAAACUGUGAGGAAAAUCUUCAAAAUAUUCACAUUUUUACAACCCCCCAAAAAAGAAAAUCAAUGUGCUUUUGUGAAUUUUAGUCAUUAUUUAAAGUGCAGUGGCUCUGAGGGACAAAUUACAGCCUCCUUUUGUUUAUUUCUCUCUAUAAUGAGUCAUUCAGGCUUCUUCAGUUUCUACUGCAAGUCUGUGCAUAUUUGGAAGUGUGCAAAUACUCAAAAGCUAUGGCAAGAUAUGUUUAGAAGCAUAUUAGAUAACAUUACCUGUGACCUUGAAUUUCUUCUGAUUUUUUUUUUUUUUUUUUUGGCCACUUGAAUUUCAAAGUGUCCCAUGCUGAUGGAAAUGUUGUUAUAAAUCUCAUAAUCUUUCUUGCAAAACUCUAUAUCCAUAAGUGUAAAUGUUCAAAACCAAAACCCCACUUUGUAGUUUUUCAGAAAGAAACUGAGUUACACUAUAUUGCCAAAAGUAUUCACUCACCCAUCCAAAUAAUUGAAAUCAGGUGUUCCAAUCACUUCCA